UAGGAGACGGAGGGAGGGGACCGGAGCCCGUGAGUCCCGGGACCAGCGCCGUGUAGACGUCCACAAAGUUUCCUCGUCCUCCACGGACGCGGGACCGCGGGCCAAGGUCCCCGGAGUUCCCGUGCCUGCCCCCAGCCGAGCGGCCGCAUCCCUCUGCGGAGCCAGGGAUACUUAGUGUUACUGAGAAGAGCAGCUGGGCGGACCCACAUCAUGAACCGGGCCUUCAGCAGGAAGAAAGACAAAACAUGGAUGCAUACACCUGAAGCUUUAUCAAAACAUUACAUCCCCUAUAAUGCAAAGUUUCUUGGCAGCACAGAAGUGGAGCAGCCAAAGGGGACAGAAGUCGUGAGAGACGCUUGUAAGAAAUACAAAUUUGCAAGACACAUCAAGAAAUCAGAAGGCCAGAAGAUUCCUAAAGUUGAAUUGCAAAUAUCAAUUUACGGAGUAAAAAUUCUUGAACCCAAAACAAAGGAAGUCCAACAUAACUGCCAGCUUCAUAGAAUAUCAUUCUGCGCCGAUGAUAAAACCGACAAGAGGAUAUUCACUUUCAUAUGCAAAGAUUCCGAGUCAAAUAAACAUUUGUGUUAUGUAUUUGACAGCGAAAAGUGUGCUGAAGAAAUAACAUUAACAAUUGGUCAAGCAUUUGAUCUGGCAUACAGGAAAUUUCUAGAAUCUGGAGGGAAAGAUGUGGAAACAAGAAAGCAGAUUGCUGGGAUGCAGAAGAGAAUCCAAGAUUUAGAAACCGAAAAUAUGGAACUUAAAAAUAAAGUCCAAGAUUUAGAAAACCGGUUGAGAAUAAGCCAAGUGUCAUCCUCUCCAGCCGGCAGUGUCACGGUGAAAUCUCCUUCCACUGACAUCUUCGAUAUGGUUCCCUUUUCCCCAAUAUCACACCAGUCUCCCACGCCUACUCGCAAUGGCACACAGCUCCCACCAGUACCUAGCAGAUCUGCUGAAAUCCAACGGGACCUUUUUGGAGCUGAACCUUUUGACCCAUUUAACUGUGGAGCAGGGGACUUCCCUCCAGAUAUUCAGUCCAAAUUAGAUGAGAUGCAGCGCCAGAGAUGGAGGGGUUCAAAAUGGGAUUAACUCUUGAAGGAACGGUAUUUUGUCUCGACCCGUUAGACAGCAGGUGCUGACGUCAAGAAUGAAUGAUCCUGACUUACGCUUAGUUUGUUUAUAUACAUAUAUAUCAUUCAUUAUUUCAAGACAGUUAUUAUAUCUGUGCCAAUAUAUUUUUGAAUAUCUAAAUGUUUUUAAAUCUAUUGAAGUAAAAGCUUCCUCAUUCACUGUUGAUUUAUCUUUUAUUUUAAGUAUAACUAGUGUAAUGUAUAUUGGAUUUUUAUGUUCCCUUCUGUGGUAUGGGUGAAUCUGUAAUUGAGAGAGAAGUUUACUGAGUAUCUGCCUUGUCUGUGUUCUAAUAAUCAUCACCUUGAAAUUUAUGCUCAUUCUCAAAGGCAUUAGUUCAUUAUCCUAGUCCCCAAGCCUACCUUGAUAUUUUUUCAAAUUUCUGAAGCAGGAGACCAGUAUUGAGCUAUACAUGUUCUAUUUUGAUGCCAAUAAACAGGCCACUAGUGAAUAGAUGGAUGUCAUUUUGUAUCUAAAAUGUUCAUCUCGUUAUGAAAAUCAAAAAGUUUAGCAAUUAUACUGCAAGUUUACCAAAUUUUAA